AUGCUUCAGGCGUUUCUUGACACAGGCUCUGCGUUCUGUGUGCUUACGACGCCAAUACUAUUGUUUAAAAUCAAACCGGAGCUGAGAGAAGACCCACAGUCUUAUUACAGAAGUGAAGAAUACUUAUGCCAGCCUAACCCAGUUUUAUCAGCAGAAAGAAUAUGCCUUUGAUUAAUGAUCAGGAAGAGUAUGCUGAAAUCGUUAGCACGGCCAGUGAAUUAUUACGUAACAAUGACCACAAAUACACCAACAAAUUAUUCUAAUCAUUGGCACCCAUGCAAAUUCCGUUAUUUCAUCCCAGCAGACUGAUCUGGAGGUUACUCGCGCUUGGCGGGGAAGCGCAGGGGUGGACCAAGUUUGUUUUCAUUUUAAAGCAUGCUUUAAAAGAUGGCAGCGGGGGUGCUCAUUCUUUCAUGGACCUGAGAGACCAUCUAGGUGCUAUCUCAUCUGCCUUGAAGCUAGACGGCGGAGACACUACAUUCAAUUAUCAUCAAGACCAAGAAAUAGUUAAAAAUAUCCCACCGUCUAUAGACCAAGUCUUGGAUUGUGACCUCAGUUUCAGCCAGGUGGGACGUCUGGUGUUCAACUAUUUGAUCCGCACCAAUCUUGGAUAUAGCUCGUCUGCACCCAUAGGGACGCGCUGUGAAGAAUUCACCAACGGGAUCGAUCAAUCUCACAAUUGUUUCAUCAAAUUAACAUCAAGAAGGUGGAGAAGAUUAAACCUAAGCUUAAAGGUAACGUGGGAGCCUUUGGAACUGUCAACUCAUUUUUGCAAUCCUCUUGGCUCGCGACUCUAUUCAAAUUCGGCAAAGUCUUCAAUAAUUCUUUGCGGGAGUGGGGUGUGAACGUUAUGGUUGCUGUGUACAUUGCUAAAAUGAUGCCAAAUGAGGAGCUACGAGAGAACUGCAAAUAUGGGUGUAGUAUAGGAUGCACACAAUCCAAUUACCUCGUUUCGUCUCUUGCUGUGGGAGAGAGCUCCAAAAAGUUUUGAAAUUUGGUGUCCUACCACCAGGACAUAUUUUUGAAAGUAAAGCUUGCAAAAAAUAUUACAAUCAAUUGGAAAUGACGGCUUUAGCUGCUGAUCGACUAGAACGAAGACCGCGCCAGGGUUGUCUCCUCCGCAAUUUAGGGCUUUUCGAGGUAGAGAGAAAAACGCAGAAGAGCGCUUCUAUUUGA